UUGAACUAUUGUAUCGAUAUACAAAUAAAAACAAAAAUGGCGGAAAGCAUGAGUGGCGUUGAAAAGUUCCGAUCUCACCGGCUCAGCACGCAUCUUACUCCGGCGGGAUCAAAUGCAAGUACCGGUACUGAUUCACCGGAUGACGAUGUGUGCAUGGAUGAACAACUCAAAAUAGAACUUGUUAAAAAUCGCAUGUUCCAAGAAAUACAGAAAACAUCUAGCGAGGAGUGUUUAACAAGACUGAGACAACGAAUCGCGGCACAUUCUUCCUCUGAAGAUAGCGAAUCCAAGUCGCACGCACCAUUUGUGAAGCUAAGUUCCGAAAAUCACUCGAAAGCCUGGACAACCUCAGAACAGUCAAGUUUUCGCGCCAUUUUUUCACUUGGAUUGACCAAUCAGAUGCAUCCUACAUCACGUGAGAGUUAUUCGGCGUACGGUAAACAAUAUCAAGAAGUUAAUUCGACGAACUUGAAUGAAAAAGAAAAGAAUCAAAUUGGGAAAACAAAAAAUUACCGAAUAUCACCAAAUAUAAGGGAAGGGGACGAAAACAAUGACGUAAUAUGUAUGGAAGACGAGGAACAACACGAAACAUCAGGACAAACUUCAGAUUCGUGUUUAAAAACGACAACUCCAGGACCAAUUACGCUUCUAACAGAACUUUCGUCGUCGAGAAGAUUCGAAGUUCGACCAGACGAAAACAUGAAAUCCAGUUUCGAACAAAUUCCAAGCGAUGCGAUGUCGGAAGGAACAAGUGAUGGUGACGUCAUAGAGAAGAGAAACGCAGAAAAUCAACAAAUAUCGGCAAAACAGAGACGCAGUCGCACUAAUUUUACGUUGGAACAAUUAGCCGAAUUGGAAAGACUGUUUGAAGAAACUCAUUAUCCCGAUGCUUUCAUGAGAGAAGAACUAAGCAGAAGACUCGGACUAACGGAAGGAAGAGUACAGGUUUGGUUCCAAAACAGGAGAGCAAAAUGCAGAAAACAAGAAAAUCAAAUUCAUAAAGGUAUAGUGCUCGGUGGGGCGGACAUUGGAAUGGGCGAAUGCAGAAUUGCACCGUAUUUCAAUAUGGGAAACAACAGACAAGCUAUGCCUACACAACUGCAGGGACCUGGAUCCGCAGACAGAACUUUGCCUCCAUACAGAGAUAUACUUCCUGGUUAUUUGGAGAACUACCUUGCAUCAAAUACUUUAUCGAGGUUACAAAGCCAGAUCUACAGCAUGCAAAACUCAACUGUAUCAACUCUGCCUCACUUGACACCGAAUACCUUUCCAAUGGGUGCUGUGAACCCGUAUUUAUUACUCCAAGCAAAUCCUUUUAACUAUUGUUUUCCGAACAUAUCUAUGGAAAGCAGUAACUUACAUGCAAGAAUAUCAGCGCUCGCACAAAGAAAUCAGCUGUUAAACUAUUAUGCUACUCUGCCCCAUACUUUGCCAUCAAUUCACAGCCUAUCUUUAACAAAAGAAGAUUCCUCUCUACCAAAAUCAGAGAACAUAGAUAUAAAACCUUCAAAUUUCCAAGAAACAAAAAAGACAACCGAAAAUCAGGUACCGAUAACAAAUUUGAGAAUUAAAGCUGCCAAGCAUGCAGCUGCGCUUGGAUUAUGAACAAUGAUUUGUACUUUUUGCUUUCUGAUAUUUACCAAUGCUUUUUUUUGUUUUGUUCAAAAGUGUUUCUAUAAUAUAUAAAACAAAAAUACAAUCUGUUACUGAA